AUGGCCCUGGACCCUGGGCCCCGAGAGUUGAACUUUGCUGUCCCCCAGGAAUAUGACCUGGAAGGUGCCAUCGAGGAGAAUAAGGAGCUGGGCAAAGCCAUUCUGGAGAUGCUGCACAUCAAUAAGCUGUCUGCACCCCAUGUGGCCAAACCACACCCCUACAUGAGACAGGUCUAUCAGCUUCUGGACACACAAGAGGCCCGAGACUUGGGAAGCUCUGAUGGAACACUGGUGCAGAGUUUCCGGAGUGUUCUGGGCCCACCGGAUGCCCCCGCAGGAUGGAUCUGGUUCAACGUCUCCCACCUGAAGCCUUCUAUGGCCGUGGCUGAGCUCGUCCUGCUCCGCAAGACCCUCCACCCCGACCCCCUCAGUGUCACAGUGUCCCUGCACAGCCUGACCCGGGGUGCGAGUGGCCUGAGCGUGAGCCCUCCCCUCGAGGAGAGGAUCUUGACCCUGGAUCAGCUACCCCCGUCUGGCUAUGACGUGUUCGACGUGUCCCCCUUCAUGUUCUCCUCCAUGCCUCUGGACGUGGUGGGCUUCCAGCUGCGCUACACGGACGAGAGUGGGAGCCUGGUGCUUCAUGAGGCCCUGACCCAGAGCCUCUACUGCCUGGGAGGUGGCUCCCUCAGCGAGCCCCUGCUGGUGGUGUACCGGGCUAGGCCGCUUCGCCCCCAGAUGACGGCUGCCACCAAUGGGUUCCGGCCUGAGCGGAGACAGCGCCAGCACUGCCGCACGAGGAGCCACGAGAGGAGGAGCCUCUUCCUGGCCAAACGAAAUGGCUACAAGCGCCGCCGCUUUGAUGCCAGCUCUGACCCACAGUGUCGGCUCUAUCACCGCUAUGUUGACUUCAACAAGGGCGAUCUGGCAAACUGGAUCCUACAGCCGUCAGGGUUCAAUGCUACCUUCUGCAGAGGUACCUGCCACAUCGGGAAUUCAGAAGUGUCCAUAGAAGGAUUUAGACCAAGGAAAAUAGCACCUGAGGAGAGAUCAGUGAAUAGCUCCAACUGUGUUCCACUGGAGCUGUCAUCUCUCACCGUGAUGUAUAGGAGUGAAACGGAUGACGUCAUAAUCCAGAAGUUUAGAGACGCAAGGGCAGAGAGCUGCACAUGCCAGCCACAGGCUAAGCCUUGAAACCAGCUCCCACAUACAGUAUUUACCUAUCCUAGCCACUGGAGGGCGAAAUUGCUUAUUGAAUCUGAAGUAGGAUGCCUGCUAGAAGACCGGCUAGUAGACCUGGGAGAAAAGGAUUAGGGUCAUUUUAUGUUUUGAGAAAUCUAUGAACGAGGGUUGGUAUGUU